AUCUCGCGUGCGCUCGCCGCCCGGCGCAGCCCAGCCCGGCCCCCGCUCGGCGCCGCGAGCCGAGGUGUCGCCCGCGCCCGCGCCCGUGUCGCCGCCGUGCCCGCGAGCGGGAGCCGGAGUCGCCGCCGCCCGAGCGCAGCAGAGCGCACGCCGAGCCCGUCCGUCGCCGCCAUGGCCACCACGGUGACUUGCACCCGCUUCACCGACGAGUACCAGCUCUACGAGGAUAUUGGCAAGGGGGCUUUCUCUGUGGUCCGACGCUGUGUCAAGCUCUGCACCGGCCAUGAGUACGCAGCCAAGAUCAUCAACACCAAGAAGCUAUCGGCCAGAGAUCACCAGAAGCUGGAGAGAGAGGCUCGAAUCUGCCGUCUUCUGAAGCAUUCCAACAUCGUGCGCCUCCACGACAGCAUCUCCGAGGAGGGCUUCCACUACCUGGUCUUCGAUCUGGUCACCGGUGGGGAGCUCUUUGAGGACAUUGUGGCGAGAGAAUAUUACAGUGAAGCAGACGCCAGUCACUGCAUCCAGCAGAUCCUGGAGGCGGUUCUCCAUUGCCACCAAAUGGGGGUUGUCCACAGGGACCUCAAGCCCGAGAACCUGCUUCUGGCCAGCAAGUGCAAAGGGGCCGCAGUGAAGCUGGCGGACUUCGGCCUGGCCAUCGAGGUGCAGGGGGACCAGCAGGCAUGGUUCGGGUUUGCUGGCACGCCAGGCUACCUGUCCCCAGAGGUCCUUCGCAAGGAGGCGUAUGGCAAGCCGGUGGACAUCUGGGCGUGCGGGGUGAUCCUGUACAUCCUGCUCGUGGGCUACCCGCCCUUCUGGGACGAGGACCAGCACAAGCUGUACCAGCAGAUCAAGGCUGGAGCCUACGACUUCCCAUCCCCCGAGUGGGACACGGUCACUCCUGAAGCCAAAAACCUCAUCAACCAGAUGCUGACCAUCAACCCUGCCAAGCGCAUCACAGCGCAUGAGGCGCUGAAACACCCGUGGGUCUGCCAACGCUCCACCGUGGCGUCCAUGAUGCAUAGGCAGGAGACCGUGGAGUGUCUGAAGAAGUUCAACGCCCGGAGGAAGCUCAAGGGCGCGAUCCUCACCACCAUGCUGGCCACGCGGAAUUUCUCAGUGGGCAGACAGACCACCGCUCCGGCCACAAUGUCCACCGCGGCCUCCGGCACCACCAUGGGGCUGGUGGAACAAGCCAAGAGUUUACUCAACAAGAAAGCAGACGGAGUCAAGCCCCAGACAAAUAGCACCAAAAACAGUGCAGCUGCCACCAGCCCCAAGGGGACGCUUCCUCCAGCCGCCCUGGAGCCUCAAACCACCGUCAUUCAUAACCCAGUGGACGGGAUCAAGGAGUCGUCCGACAGCACCCACACCACCAUAGAAGAUGAAGACACAAAAGCCCCCAGGGUCCCUGACAUCCUGAGCUCCGUGAGGAGGGGCUCGGGGACCCCAGAAGCUGAGGGCCCCCCGCCCUGCCUGUCUCCGGCUCCCAUUAGCCCCCUGCCCACCCCAUCCCCCAGGAUCUCUGACAUCCUGAGCUCCGUGAGGAGGGGCUCGGGGACCCCAGAAGCCGAGGGCCCCUUGCCCACCCCAUCCCCCAGGAUCUCUGACAUCCUGAACACGGUGAGGAGGGGUUCGGGGACCCCAGAAGCCCAGGGCCCCCCACCCUGCCUGUCUCCGGCUCUCCCAGGCCCCCCACCCACCCCGUCGCGGAAGCAGGAGAUUAUCAAGAUCACAGAGCAGCUCAUCGAGGCUGUCAACAAUGGUGACUUCGAGGCCUACGCGAAAAUCUGCGACCCAGGCCUGACUUCAUUUGAGCCUGAAGCUCUGGGCAACUUGGUUGAAGGGAUGGAUUUCCACAGAUUCUACUUUGAGAACUUGCUCGCCAAGAACAGCAAGCCGAUCCACACGACCAUCCUGAACCCGCACGUGCACGUCAUCGGUGAGGACGCCGCAUGCAUCGCCUACAUCCGCCUCACGCAGUACAUCGACGGGCAGGGCCGGCCCCGCACCAGCCAGUCCGAGGAGACGCGCGUGUGGCACCGCCGAGACGGCAAGUGGCAGAACGUGCACUUCCACUGCUCGGGCGCGCCCGUGGCCCCGCUGCAGUGAAGAGCUGCAGCUGGUUUCGCGGGACAGACUCGGUGUUUGGAGCCCAGCUGCCCUCGGGCGCACGGCCUGCCUGUCGCAUGUUUGUGUCUGCCUCGUUCCUCCCCUGGUGCCUGUGUCUGCAGAAAACCAAGACCAGAUGUGAUUUCUUUUUAAAAAACAAGAUGACAACGACAACCACACACACACAAAAUGAUGUCGGAUGAAAUGGAAAAAAAAAAAACAGUAAUCAAAGGAAAAAGCUGUAAAAAUCACUGGCAUUUGUGGGGCUUUGAACCUUCCGGCCGCUCCCCACCCAAGCUCCACGUGUCCGUCUGCUCCUGGCCUCCGCUGGGGACCGGCCGGGGCAGUGAACUUGUCCGCAGGGACCUGCCACCCGAGGAACAUGGUGUUUGCUAGGUGGCACCCACCCCGAAGGUGUCUGCAUCCUCUGUGCUGCACAGGGCUCAGUCAGGAGUGUCAGGUGUCAUCUGGGGAGGGGCUGGGGGGCCCGAGGGGGCCUGAUCACGGUGGUCCUGCCUCCUGCUUCCCUUCCCUCCCCUCCUCCCCGAGAAGGCGUGGGUGCGGGCCCGGAUGAGCAGAGCAGAGGCUGGGCCACCCCUAUGGGAGGACGCUGAGCCAUCCAAGAAGCCCCUGUGGGCCCAGGGCUCCAGCUCUGGCUCUGUCGGGGCCAGGGAGGUGUACUGGGGCGUGGGGGCACCAGGGGAAGGGAGCACACCUGUUCGGGUACCUCUUCCUCUCUGCCUGCCUUUCCCCUGCCUGUGUGGCCACCAAGGGGAUAUGGGCCUCAGGCUCCCAGGGCUCUGGGCAAGGUCGUGAGGCAGGAAGGAGAGAGGGAUCAGAGGUGAGCAGGUGGCUGGGGCCCCUGGGCUGAGGCAGGGUCCAGGCAGGUGUUUGCUGCAGAGGCCACGCUGUGGGGGCUUGGGCCCAGAGCAGCAGGGAGUGGAGGCCUGCCCUGGGCUGCGAGAGGCAGGGCCAGGCUCGCACCUGCCAGGCCCCUUGGAGACUGCAGUGUGUGACGGGGACCCACAGUGUGGGGAGAAGGGCUAAGCUCACCUCGGGGUUCCUCCAUGUGCUGGCGGGCACGCACCAAGCCUCUGGGACUGGCUAUGUGGUCAGAUGGCAGCAGAGAGAGCUGAGGGUGGUUAGGUGGGCAUGGGGGGUGGGUCUGACCUGGCCCACUGGGUUAGGGUUGGAGGGCAGUCAGGGGCCGUGAUCACGGAGGUGUGGCACCCACACCCCCUGCCCAGUAUCUGCCCUCUUCAAUUCACAUUGUUUUCGACAAGGAUUUUCUUUAUCUUCCCCCACCAUCAAGCCAAGGGAGGGGCGCGGAGUGGGGAACAGGACACCGGAUGCUGAUCUCCAAGGGGACUGUCCACGGACAGACACUCAGAGUGGACCCUCACCUGCCUGUCCACGGCUGUGCUCAGGACAGCUGUCUCCACCCAUGGACACAGGGUAAACAUCCGCCAGGCUCUCCCGGCCUCGGGCAGCGGCGGGGCUCGCCGUGGACAGUGUGUGGCCCGGCCAUCCUCACCUCCUGGGGCCGCCUCCCCUCCUCUCCCACUCACCUGUUAUCUCCACAGAGCUGCCUGUCUGGGAUAAUUUGGGGAUUUUUUUUCUUUCUGGGGGAUAGUUCUUUUGCAUGACCCGUCAUGAGCAAGCCACACCUGCUCUUCUAGCUAGAUGUCCGCGGUGUGGUGGCGUUGGCCGGCCCGCCCUGCAGAGGGUUGGCUGCCCGCGGUGCUGGCCGGCCUUUCCUCUUCUCUCUUUUUGCUGAGUUUCGUUGUCUUUUCUUUCUGAGCCUUGUAAGUGUACAAAAUUAUUAUUUUGUUCUGUCUCGGGAAACUGCAAAUAAAAGAAAAACAGGACACACUC